UUCAAUAUAAUACUAAAAUAGUAGUUAGCUAAAUGACGUGGGAAAACUUGUGGAUACCGCAACAAAUCACGAAACACCAUGUGGCAGUUCCGACUUCCCUAUAAGACCAAACGAGUCUGUUUCUUUGGCUGCUAUAGCAAUAAACAUAAAUGGAGGGUCUAAUCCCGUUUGUUUACCGAGCCGUCAUGCAAAUCCGUUAUGGCCACGAGCGUUCUUCUUCUUACUACGUUCGUCUUCCGGGCGAUUCUGGCCGGUUUGGGAGAACCGGUUUGGAAGUGUCUGGUCUCGGAUUUUCCUCUAAUAUGGCGUCGUCGAAGACCACGAGCACGAACACCACGUUUGCUGUUUCCACUGGAGCCCAGUCACCAGUUCAUCGUCAGGUUAUGAUGUGAUGCACACGCAUUCCAUGGGAACCUGAAGAUGCUCGUGAGGGAAAGGGUUGGUUUGUGACGUUGUGAUUAAUGGUUCGGCUUAAUGUGUGGUAUUUUUAUGAAUUUUAUAGACUUGGACCUGUCGAAUAAACCUGAUGUAAUAAUUGGGAUGUGAAGAUUAAUUCUCUAAGCGUGGGCUUUUAACCCGAAGGUAAUCUCAUGGGGUUCGUGUGUGUGUGUUUCGUUCAAAGAACUUUUAAUUGUAUAAAAAUUAUAUCAAUAUCUUUGGUUUCUUCGUGAGAAACUAUGUGAAUAUUUUGGUUUGUU